UCCGGCUGCGCGUUACCGCCGAGCCCAUCUGCAAACAUGUUGUCCCUGUCUGUGAUGGUGGGACUGGUCCCCAUAGUGUCGCUCUUUGGUUUGUUCUACUCUGCGGCGGUGGAUGAGAACUUCCCUCAGGGCUGCACCAGCAGCAGCAGUCUGUGCUUCUACAGCCUGCUGCUGCCCGUCACCAUCCCCGUCUACGUCUUCUUCCACCUCUGGAGCUGGAUGGGGAUCAAGCUUUUCAGGCACAACUAGGCUGGUUUCUCAACACAGAUGUGUUGAGUUGCCAGCCUCACACAGUUGUAACACAUCUGUGUGGCUGAAGUGGCUUUCAUUUUUUAAGCCCUUUGGUUGGAGGAAGGUAAAGACAGAUGGCGCAUGGAUGCUUUUUAAAGCUGAAAAUAUUUUUCCAUAGGGUCUGGCCUCCCGACAUAUAGAGUAUGAGACAGAGUAUGUUAGUCAUUACAGCUGUUAAACAAACCCCUGGAUAUCAUUUGCACAUGAAGUAGAAGGCUGUAUAUUUUCUGAGCAAAUAAUAAAAUUCUUUAUGCAAAUCCA